AUGUUGAAAAAGUACAACAUGAACAUGCGCGUUCACAUGCUUCAGGAUCCAUCCGCCGAAACUUUCUCUAAACAACUGUUAGAUAUUGGCGAUGGGAAAGUUGCUGUACAUGAAAACACUGGAUGCAUAAAAUUACAGACGGACUUCUGCACAAUCAUCGACUCGCAAAAUAGUCUCAUCGAUCACAUAUUUCCCGACGUACACACACAAUAUGCAAAUCAUAAGUGGCUGGCAGAAAGAGCGAUCUUGGCAGCUAAAAAUGUGGACGUCAAUGGGUUAAAUUUAAAGAUACAACAGCUGUUGCCUGGGGACUUGGUGUCAUAUAAAUCUAUCGAUGCAGUUUGCGAUACCAACGAGACUGUGAAUUAUCCAAUUGAGUUCUUAAGUUCAUUGGAUUUGCCAGGCAUGCCACCACAUCAUUUACAAUUGAAGGUUGGAUCUCCGAUUAUUCUACUUCGAAACUUAAACCCACCACGGCUAUGUAAUGGCACACGAUUAGUCAUUAAAAAAUUAAUGAAAAACGUUAUUGAAGCCAUCAUCUUGAAUGGCAAGUUUCAAGGCGAAAAUGUGUUGCUGCCACGAAUCCCUAUGAUUCCUACAGAUGUGCCAAUUGAAUUCAAACGCACUCAAUUCCCAAUUAGAUUGGCAUUCGCUAUGACAAUCAAUAAGUCACAAGGACAAACAUUGUCUGUAUGUGGCUUAGAUUUGGAAACACCGUGCUUCUCCCACGGACAACUAUAUGUGGGAUGUUCUCGCGUGGGAAAACCAUCCAGUUUGUUUGUGUUGGCUAAAGACGGACUGACCAAAAAUAUUGUACACUCUAUUGCGCUAAGAGAUUAA